AUGGGAUUGAAAUUUACUCAGUCUCCGGUUAAAAAGGAGGACUUGCCGUCAGAUAAGAACGAAAUCAUCAAAUUUAGUGAACUAAUGACUGAAGACGUGGAAAAAAAGUGGAAGAAAGGGAAAUUGUAUAAGUUCCAAGGCAAAAAAGAUCGAAAAUUUCAAGUCCAAACUUAUAGCACCACAAAAGGAACGGAUUUCUGGCUAAGUCGUGUAUCUAAACAUAAGAUUGAUACGGCCUUGUACGAUAAAGUUGUCUAUUACCUCAACGGGAGUGAGCGAACAGAGGAUAAUCAAUGGAGUAUGAAGGACAGAACAAAAAGAUCAAAGUUGGAAAAGGAGUAUAUAGAAGUGUUGGACAAGGUUGAUAUUAUAGAAAAGCUGGAGAAUGGUUGGAAUCUUGUCCAUAUCGAGUAUGAUUUGGGAAAGCCCUUAACAAUAAGAGAUUUCAACGAAUGGGUCUAUCCAGUCGAGCCCUACACCAACGACCAAGGCAAGGAAGUCUCUAUGAUAAUUUCGCUAAAUGCUGGUCACCUUGAUAAAAGCUUGACGACCAAUCAUACGCCAGCAUAUUAUGUUAGUGUCGAGAAGCUGGAGUAUGAUUACAACACUAAUGAACUGUUGUGGUUGAUGGUCACGACUAACGAUGCUGGAGGAAACGUUCCUAAAUGGUUACAAAACGCCACCAUAGCCAAGACAGUUUCGAAAGAUGUUCCUUUCCUGUUCGAUUAUAUAGAAAGUCAUUAA